UGACACACAUGUCAGGGGACAGCAUGGCGGACAUGCAUGUGGAGCCUCAAAACAAAUUGCAUAGAUUGUCCAGCUAACCCCACCGUGAAAAAGACUGUAACCGCGCCGGUGGUUGCCCGACAAAAACAGAAGAAUGGACGAAGAAAACAAGCUUAAGUUUCCGUCUCUUCCGGCGACCAAGGAGGAGCUUCUGGAUUGGGCUUACCCAAUGAGACGAGAAAUGCAGGAAAUAUUACCAGGACUGUUCUUAGGUCCCUACUCUGCUGCAAUGAAAAGCAAGCUGCCAAUUCUUGAGAGACACGGCAUAACGCAUAUCGUCUGCGUCCGCCAAGACAUCGAGGCCAAUUUUAUCAAACCCAACUUUCCUCAUACAUUUAGAUAUCUUGUUUUAGACAUGGCUGACAAUCCAGUGGAAAACAUAAUCCGCUUUUUUCCUAGGACUAAAGAAUUUAUUGAUGGCUGCUUAGCAACAGAAGGAAAGGUACUUGUUCAUGGGAAUGCAGGGAUAUCGAGAAGUGCUGCCUUAGUGAUUGCAUAUCUUAUGGAAACAUUUGGGAUGAAAUACAGGGAUGCAUUCAGCCAUGUCCAGGAGAGGAGGUUUUGCAUCAACCCCAACGUUGGCUUUGUUCACCAACUGCAGGAAUAUGAAGCAAUUUAUCUUGCCAAAUUGACCAUUAAAAUGAUGUCACCAAUGCAGUUGGGUCGGUCGUUCUCUCUACAAGCUGGAAUGUCAGGAAGCCGUAAACGCAGUUUGGAGGAAGAUGAAGACUUUGGAGCAAUGCAGGUCACAGCCGCACAGAAUGGAUGAACUUUGCCGAUUAAUCUGUUUGGCAAAGUGCACUCUCUUUUUACAUUUUUAAUGGGAUUAAAAAUGUAAAUAUUUGAACUUUUUCUAAUGGGGAGGACCGGAGCGGGAGGGCUACCACUCAUGUCUGAGACAUGAAGUACUGAUGGACAUUGGGCAAAUUUGAUAACUUUUUUGUUUUGUUUGGUUUUCCUUGAGCUGUAUGCACUGAUGGAAGAUUUUUUGCCGUUUUAUAGUAUUUAAAGCAUUUUGCUAUUGCAGCGGGACAGUAUUGCAAUAAUGCACUUUCAAUACUUGAAUUAGUGUACAUGACCAGAGUGGGCACGUUGGCAAAAGGGAACGUAGCCAGAACAUCACCAUGUGGAGAUAUCAGAAGAGGAACAGUCUUCAUUUUGGGAGUAACGAGAUCACAAACUAAUAUUGAGCUUAAUGUUGGGCAUCGAGGAAUGGAAAAAUAACAACUCUGCUUAAUAAAAAUAAGUCCUAAGUACC